CUUUCUUCUUCAAAAUAAUAUUUUUAAAAAACAAAAAUGAUUCACAGAGAAGGUGUUACAACAGAUAUCAAGGACUGGACAAUGAUUCAAGCUUCCAGUCUAAUCCAAAACCAAAAUGUCAUACAAAUUAAUGGCAGUGUUUCAGUCGAAGAAGCUUGCCAAAUAUUGGUUGACAACAAUAUUUCAUCUGCGCCAGUUUAUGUAGAGGGUGAAAAGGGCCAUUAUGUUGGCAUGUUUGAUUAUGGAGACGUGAUCGCCUAUAUACUUUUAGUUUUGCAUCGUAGACCCGGGCCUAAAGAUUGUAAUGACCCAGUUGAUCUCGAAUCGUUUGAAGUAAAGGAUAUUGUCCGUAGAGCAUUACAAGGUCAAAAGGUUCCCGUUCGCAUGGCAAGCGAUUUGUCACGAAAAAACCCAUUUUAUUCCAUUUUACAAGAAGCUACAUUGAUAUCAGCAGUCGAAAUAUUUGCUUGUGGUACUCACAGGGUCAAUAUAUUAAAACCUGAUGGUGAGAUCGAAGGAAUUUUAUCACAAUCGACCGUGGUAAGAUACCUAUAUGAAAACAGAAAGCAAUUCCCCGAAUUAGAUAAGGCUAUGAGUAAAACUAUUGGCCAAUUGAAACUUGGUGAUGAGCCAGUCAUAGGCGUAGACGCUGACUCUAGUGUUUUGGAUGCACUUUCUUUGAUGAGUACACAUGGCGUCUCCUCUGUUGCAGUGCUUCGAGGGGAUAGAAAUGUCUUGGGAAAUAUUAGUAUGACAGACGUUAAGCAUAUCAUGAAGGGUAAUAACCAUCGAUUGCUGUGGAAGACAUGUUUUCAGUUUGUGAGUCAUAUUAGAACACAGCAAGGGAUUACCGACGGACAAGAUCGUUUACCUGUGUUUGAUGUACACAAAGGUACUUCAUUGGGUUUUACCAUUGCUAAAUUGCUUGCUACAAAAUCACAUCGAGUUUGGGUCACAGACGAAAAGCAUCAAGCCACUGGCGUAGUUUCAUUAACGGAUGUGUCCCGCGUAAUUGCUUCUCUAGUCGGUAUUCAAGUCAAUGAGCGUCGUGCAAGCAUGGCUGUAUUCAAAGUUUGAUUAAUAAUCAAUUCAUUCCAUCCCCAUGUAUUAAAUUCCUCCUUCCCCAUAAAACAUUAUAAAAUCAUCUAUUAGCAGCU